AUGACGUAUCUCGCAGCGUCUAGCUCUGAGUUGACUGGAGGGAACAUGUGGGUCUGCGGGGCGCUCUGCAGGGCUCGAGCCCCGGCCCAGCUGGGGCAGAGGCUGCUUCCAGAGUCCAGCCGGCGACGGCCUGACGCCGCCUCCUUCUCUGCCUCUGCCGAGGCUUCCCGGGUCCGGGCGCUGGUCUAUGGGCACCACGGGGACCCAGCCAAAGUCGUCGAACUGAAGAACCUGGAGCUGGCUGCUGUGGGCGGAUCAGACGUCCAUGUGAAGAUGCUGGCGGCCCCUAUCAAUCCAUCUGACAUAAAUAUGAUCCAAGGAAACUACGGCCUCCUUCCCCAGCUGCCUGCUGUUGGAGGGAACGAAGGUGUUGGGCAGGUCAUAGCCGUGGGCAGCAGUGUGACCGGGGUGAAGCCAGGAGACUGGGUGAUCCCAGCGAAUCCUGGCUUGGGAACCUGGCGGACCGAGGCUGUGUUCGGCGAGGAAGAGCUCAUCACAGUCCCAAGUGACAUCCCUCUUCAGAGCGCCGCCACCCUGGGCGUCAACCCCUGCACGGCCUACCGGAUGCUGAUGGACUUUGAGCGGCUGCAGCCAGGGGAUUCCGUCAUCCAGAAUGCAUCCAACAGUGGAGUGGGGCAAGCGGUCAUCCAGAUCGCGGCCGCCCUGGGCCUGAGGACCAUCAACGUGCUCCGGGACAGACCUGACCUCCAGAAGCUGACCGACAGACUGAAGAAUCUGGGGGCUGACCACGUUGUCACAGAAGAGGAGCUAAGGAAAGCAUGA